UGCAGGAGUACCAGAGCAAGGCACGUCGUCGUCCAUCAGCUAGCUAUCCUGUCCCCGUCCGCCCCGACCUCACAGUUACAGCACCAGCAGCCAGCAAGCGGCGAUGGCGGCGGCGAGGCGCCGGGAGACGCAGCUGGGGGACCUGCCGGCGGACUGCCUGGCGCAGGCCAUCGCGCUCACCUCCCCGCGCGACGCCUCCCGCUGCGCCGCCGUGUCGCCGACCUUCCGCGCCGCCGCGGACUCGGACCACGUCUGGCAGCGCUUCAUCCCCGUGGACGCGCUGCCGGCCGCGGCCAAGGGCGGCGGCGGCAGGAACAAGAAGGACGCCUACCUGGGCCUCUGCAACGCCGCCAGCGCCGCCGCCGUCGGCGGGGACGCCGGGUGCCGGGUGUGGCUCGACAGGGACACCAGCGCCAAGUGCUACGCGCUCUCGGCGCGCCGGCUCAGCCUGCCAUGGGACGACGGCGAGUUCAGCUGGAGAUGGACGCCACACCCGCUCUCCAGGUUCGGGGAGGUGGCGGAGCUGGUGGAGUGCACGUGCCUGGACAUCUACGGGCGGCUCCCGGCGGCGGCGCUCACGCCGGCGACGCCCUACGCGGCGUACCUGGUGUACGACACCGCGGCUGGGGGGCAGCACCGCGGCCUCAGCUUCCCGGACCAGGAGACGGCGGUGUCCCUGGGCGGCCGGCCCGCGGCGCGCCACGCCGUGUGCCUCCGGCCCGACGACGCCGAGGCGCGCAGGUUCGGGGGCGCCGGCGGCGGAGGAGGCCACCGGGUGGUGGUGCGGCAGCCGAGGAGGAGGGAGGACGGGUGGUGGGAGAUGGAGAUGGGGCGGCUGCGCACGACCGGCGCCCGGGAGGAGGAGCAGGAGGAGGUGGUGGCCAGCUUCGAGGCGCUGGGGUGGUACCCCAAGCGCGGCCUCGUCCUCCAUGGCAUGGAGUUCAGGCCACUCCACUAGCUGCAAUUUUGUGUGAUUUUAUCCUUGAGGAUCCAAAAUUAAAGCUUUGCAGUUCUUUGUGCAUCGAUGUAUGGGCAGCAAGAAUCAAGAAUUUGGAUACCAAUCAAGUUCAGGCCAUUUUCUCAAACUUGUGUCGUUACAUUUGCAUUUGGAGCCGCAUUAGCGGUUAUAUCCAAACAGGAGCUAUCCUAACAAAAGAUAAUCUAGUGAGGAAGAAUUAGAAGGGGAGUUUAAAGUGUUGCUUCUGUAACUGUAAUGAAUCGAUUACAAAUCUCCUUUUUGACUGUCACCAUGCAAAGGAGAUUUGGAGGAUAGUCUA